UCAACACCCCACCCGCCAAACUAUCCAUGCAUUUCACCGGCCGCGGUGACGCCGAGUGGAGUCUCGUCUGGUCAACUCAACCAUCAUCCGACCCCAUCAACCCCAAGGAAGGUCCCAAAUCCAACAACUUCCGCGGUCCACACAACCCCACGGGAAGCCAACACCCACAUAACUCCUCCGGUCCCCAUCAGGCCCCGUCCCCUUACUCUGGGGACGUAAGCGGGGUACCACACGACAGCGUGGCCGGGGGCUGUGCCGUGUGUGGGGCUUGUGGUGUUGUCUUCGCGGUCUUCCAAAGAAAGAUGCAUCAUCAUCCAUGGGUUCUGUUCCAACAAACCCAAGCCAACAAGAUGGACUUGGACUCCAUCGAGGUCGGGUCAGAACUCCAGCUAAUCGCGGUUGCCAACUGCGGGCCGGUCUCGGUAAUCAUAACGCCUUACGAGCCCGUCGGGGGCCCCACCAAAAACUCGACUAACUUGAGGACCGCUGGUCGCCCCAGGCCUGACUUGUUCUUGCAUGAGCGAAGGUACCAAACCCUCGCUCAACAUUAUGCUAAUAAAAUAGCUAAAGUCAACUUCGAGGAGACAGUUCCUACCACCGUGUCUCCAUUGCCUCGUCAGGACAGCUCUGUCAUAGGCAGCUCAGCCGUCAGCUCUGUCAUGGGCAGCUCAGAGCUGACAGGCGCUGCAGUACAAUCGCCCACUUGGACUCUUCACUACAACGCGAGCGUCAACAUGACGGACCUCAUCUACACUAAGAUCUGGUGGAACGCAAGCGACAUCGCGGCCGCUGCGCAGCACAAGAGCGAUGAGAACGACGUACGCUCAGGGAUUCCGAAGCCUGAUGGCGUUCCAGAAUCCGACAUUGACUAUUUGGUGACAUGGGAGGAUCUAAGUGGGACUGUGAAAGGACAUUCGAUGACUCGGAACGCCUACAUUUCUUUCGACCUCUGGCCACACACCGUGUACAAGAUACAGGCACAGGUCGUCAUGGGGCCCGUGAUGGAACCCAUUUUGUCCAGUCCUCUGCUGAUCGACGCUGCCAAACUUUACCGCGAUCUUAGCAAGGAGCUUCCCGGCAAUACUGGUGACGAAAACGAAUUUCCGUCCUACGGCCGGAAGGAGGAGCCAUCCAAAAUUCCUCAAGACAGAGUGUCCGACCAGAGUGAGAAGGAAUCUAGCCAUGAAAUUAAGAAUAAAAAUAUUUUAAAAAGUGCAAAUGACUCCAAAAAUUUCACUCGAUCGGAUAGUUACGUAUACGCAGAAGUUGAAACUGAUUACGUACCUCUCUCUGUAGAAACUGUUACUUUCAAACCGCCUUCUGUGUUCAAAAAGGUUCUUUCACCCACGCGAAAUUUCAACCGUGAUUUUGGGGUAGAACAAGAAACUGAAACUCCUCGUCAACAGAAUUUUAAGCUUGAUUCAGACGCGAUGCGUGAAUUUUCAGCCGAAAGUAGCAGAAGUUCCAUGAGAGGCGAAGACUUCGGAAUUUACAAGAAUGCCGUGCUGUACUCAGGGGCGGCCGACCAUUCACUGGGGGCGGCCGACCCCCACACAGCCCAGGAUGAUAACUCUGCAACGUUGUCGGGUGACAUCAUUGCAGGCAUUGUAUCAGCGUUCAUCUUUGUGCUGCUGAUGAUUGUGUUCGUGUCUUUGUAUGUCAGGUACUACCUAAGAAAGGUUCGUAAGAACCAGGGGAGCUUCAAGACUGAUGGCUAUGACACCUCAUCGAGCGUCUCCAGCAAAGACACGGAUAAGAGCGACGACCGCAACACGCCGUUGAGGGUGAAGACAACCCGCAGAAAGUGGUUCCCUUUUCGGCAUGUGAAGACCAUGGCGACAUUCUCCAAGGCUGAUGAUGUUGCUAAUUCCUACGGCUUCGUGGGCAAAUCUAAUGAUUCAAACUCCAGAGGUGCAGACUCACGCAGCACAAGUAUUGAGUUUUCUCUUCAAUCCUCUGAAUCUCUCAUAAAUUCCAACAAUUCAACUGCUCAUAACACAUGUAAGCAAACUGGGAGUAGUGGUACUCCCGCUGUUCGGGUCGGCAUGCCAGGUAGUGUUUACAACGCAAGUAUGUGCAGUACUAGCGACUGUAGCACCACCAUACGCUACACACACUCCCCCCACAACCAGCUGUUGCCGCCUGCCACGACUAACAACCCUGAAAGAAAUGAAGGGUGUCAACCGCAAGACGUAUACGGUCAGGUUGACGAGUCUUUUCGACCCAUUUGUGGCUUGCCUGAUCUAACAAGUGAUUGUGGUGUAUAUGAACAGCCAGUGGGUUACCCAAUCAUGCCAAGAUCCGCUCGUACUUACGCUGGGCAAAUGACAACUCACUCCAGAGGAACUCCGAUAUUUUCCAGUGAAAUGCCAAGGUCGCUUCCAUGUUUCGGUUCAGAAGGAGCAGACUCUUGCUUAAUCCAGCAGGCUGGCGAAGCGGCGAGUGGGAACCCGAAUUUACGAGAUGGUCGUUACUUUCCAUCACACAACUCCAGCCUCAAUAUGGGACCCAUCUUGAAACCUGCUCACUAUCUCUCAUCAGCUGCCUGCUGCGACUCCGGUUCUUCUUGUCCAACGCCUGAUCACUUUUCGCCGCGCAGUCAAGUAGUUUUUGAUUGCCCCUUUCCGUCGUCUUGUUCAACUCCCAACAACUGCAUCGUACCUUCUCGCCUAACUCCUGUAGAAUUUGUGCAACGACCACCGUACCAGAUUUCGGCUUGUGUGGCCACUUCCAACUGUCGAAAUUCCCCUCACGCGACCACCAGCUACCAUCCGAAUGCCUACCAGCUCAGAACUCUGCAGACUCCUUCAAAUUUAUCGUAUCAAGAACAUCAAAUUACUCCAAAUCUGUCGUAUUGCGAACGUCAACCUACCCCAAAUCUGUCGUAUUCCGAACGUCAGCCUACUCCGAAUCAGUCGUACUCUGAACGUCAACCUACCCCAAAUCUAUCGUAUGUCGAACGUAGGCCUACCCCAAAUCUGUCGUACUCUGAACGUCAACCUACCCCAAAUCUGUCGUAUGACGAAUUACAAAACAACCCAAAUGUGCCGUAUCCCCAACCCCAUCAAGUUCCCCACACAACCCAAGUUCCCCAAGCAACUCAGGGUCCCACUAACUCCCGAGGCCCGGUCCCCAAGCCCCGUCCCCGCCAACUCCUCCCCCAGGUCUCAUCCUCCAAACCCGCCGUCCCCAAAAAACCUCGCAAUCUUCCCCAGAAAUCCCCGAAUAACGGCAAAUUGUGAAGGCCGAUUGUGUGAGGUGUAUGAAAAUGUGAACAAUAUGAUAUGUACAAUUCUUUGAGAAUUAUUUUAAGGUUCAUGCAGUAAUUGCCUUGUAAAUAUGAUAAGGAAUGCUAAGGCAAAGAAAAAGUCAGUUGACGUAGAUUUAAUAAGCCUGCAGAAUGAAUAUCUGAACUUUUUACAUUUCUUCACUCCCUCUUUUUUGUCUAUGAUUGUUUGUUCGUAGAAACAUUAUCGCUCAAAUCUUGUUAAUAGAUCCUGACGGUAGAAAAAGCGUUAACGACCAAAACCAUUGCCUUAGACUGAUCAGACGCUCUUUCGAGUUCCUAGAUGCAGAAGCGAUGAAG